AUGAAUGGUAAGGACCUCCCCUGGUAUUCAUGCUAUCUUUCGGAUUUAGACCCCCAUGACCUGUCGGUAGUACAAUCCCUUCUGCGAUUGGAUCCCUCCUAUGAGCUUCGACUCCCAUCACCUAAUGAACAUCCUUCGUCCCCUCCUGAAGGCUGUAUCACUGUCUUUAAAGAUCAGAUUAUGGGCGGUCUUCGCUUUCCUUUGCAUCCCUUUAUUUCAGAUUUGUGCCAGCAUUGUGGCAUCGGCGUCUCCCAAUUUGCUCCCAAUGUAUUUCGAGCUAUCUGUGGAACCGUCAUCUUAUGCCGUAUCUAUCGGAUUCCCUUGACGCCUCACCUAUUCCAGCACUUCUAUUCUUUCCGUCGAGCCGAGGCGGGAAUAUUCAACGUUCAGGCCAAGCCAGGCUUUAAGUUCUUUGACAGCCUACCUUCUUCUAAUAAGGGUUGGAGGUCCCGCUUCUUCUUUCUUAAACCGCCUUCCCCUUUAGCCGGGCCUUCUCAGUGGCGCCCCCUCCCGGCUUUUCCCCCACAUGUUCAUGAAUCUGCCUGCUUUAUAGUUGCGGACAAGUUGACCGGUGUUCUGGUUCGCUUGUCUGUGUUGAUGCUGGAAGGCAUCUUAUACACCUUCGGUCUUAGUCCCGUCCCUGCAGAAAUCGGCGCUCCCUUUGCGGCCGCUAUCCUUCGUUCUUUCGCCUGCCAAGAGACGCCCGCAGUUGCUGUCCUUGAAGCCCUGCAUCAGGAGCUGACACCAGGCCUACCUUCCGAUCCAGCUGCUGCCCUCGGUCCUCAACUUCCAGCACCCCCAACCUCUGAUGUUGUGAUUGUCCCGCCGCUCUUAGUGCUACCUUCCCCCAGCGCUGCAGACCCAGCAUUGUCCCACACCUCCGAUCAACCGGCGACUGCUUCCUCGCCCACUAGACAGGCUCCUCCUCUCCGUCCUACUCUACGGCUGCGUGUGACGCGGAAUAGCAAACGGACGGCCCCGGUUACCGCCACUUCUCCUCCACCUUCACAGCGCCAACGCGUGGUGGUUCUUUCUUCCCCUUCCAAGUCUUCGGGCACGAGCUCGGCUCAGGAGCCAAGCUCGGGCCAGGAAUAG